AUGGCAAAUCGUGUCGGGUCACUACAUGCCGAAGGGCAGGCACGGGUCCACGUGGGCAAUAAUUACUACAGUUCGAGCGACAUCCUGCCGGCCGUACAUGAGGCAGCUUUCGACUCUUUUGCCGAACAGAGCAACGCACAAUGCCAUCCUGACACCCGAAUCGAGCUCCUCCGUCAGAUCAGAGACUGGGCAGAAGAUCCUCACGGUCAGAGCAUCUUCUGGCUGAACGGCAUGGCAGGGACCGGGAAAUCCACCAUCUCUCGCACCGUAGCGAAGGCGUUCGCAGACGACGGCCUCCUCGGCGCAAGCUUCUUCUUCAAAAGAGGUGAAGCAGACCGUGGCAAAGCCACCUUGUUUUUCCCCACCAUUGUCAGUCAGCUUGUGCACAAAAUCCCUACUCUGGCGCCUUUUGUCACAGACGCUAUCAUUGCCGACCCCGGCGUUGCCAGGAAGGCGCUGCCAGACCAGUUCAAGAAGCUCAUCCUGCAACCACUUGGCCGCAUUCACCAAGCUAUGUCAAGUCUGAUCGUCGUUGAUGCUCUUGACGAGUGCGACGGAGACAAUGACGUAAAAACCAUUAUCUCCCUGCUAGUACAAGCAAAGACACUGAGCUCCAUGCGACUGAGGAUUUUCAUCACCAGCCGGCCUGAGUUGCCCAUUCGCCUCGGAUUUAUGAACGUCCAGGGAAAGUAUCAGGACCUGGCUCUACACCAAAUACCGGAGCCAAUCGUAGAACGCGAUAUAUCUGCAUUCUUAGGGCACACACUCGCGAGAAUCAGGAACGAUUACAACAGCCAAGCUCACGGAGACCUAAGGCUGCCGCCCGACUGGCCUGGCGAACAUGUCAUUCGGACUCUCGCUCAGAUGGCCGUUCCAUUGUUCAUUUUUGCCGCAACCGUCUGCCGCUUUGUCGAAGAUCCGGUGUGGUCUGACCCCGCCGGUCAGCUCGAGAAAGUCUUACAGUAUCAGCGGAAGACCCAUGAUUCCGAGCUUGACAAACUCGACGCGACAUAUCUCCCAAUUCUCAACCAGCUCACUGCUGGGCGUGCUGAGCCGCAGAGGGGCCGCUUAUUAGCCGAGUUCCGGGAUGUUGUUGGCCCUAUUGUUCUCCUCGCCCAACCGCUCUCAGUGUCGUCGCUCGCACGACUUCUCAUCAUCUCUCCUACAGCUAUAUAUGGCAGGCUCAACUCUCUCCACUCGGUCCUGAGAAUUCCCCCAGAAAUAGAUACUCCUGUAAGACUCUUCCACCUGUCUUUCCGCGACUUCCUUGUCGAUCCAACCAAGCGUGCCAAGGAGUUUUGGAUCGACGAAAUACAACAUCACCGAACGCUGGCGGAUAGAUGUAUUCAACUUAUGCGCCAACACCUCAAGAGAGAUAUCUGCGAUCUGCAAGUGCUGGGGAAACCGCGCUCGGAAAUCGACCAACGAACCGUCGACGUCGCUUUGCCACCCGAAGUCCAGUACGCAUGUCAGUACUGGGUCCACCACUGGAAGGCGAGCAAAGCCAUUGUACGGGAUGACGGCCCGGUUCACAGUUUCUUGAAGAGCCACCUCCUUUACUGGCUUGAAGCGCUCGCGCUUGUAGGCCGUAUCUCGGAGAGUAUCGGCAUGGUAGACGACUUGUUAGCCCUACUCGAUCCUGGAGAUGCCACCGGAAUAUCUGUAUUUCUCCGCGAUAUCAGACAGUUCGUUCUAAGCAGCCGAUCGAUUAUUGAUACAGCACCUCUUCAGGUAUACGCUUCAGCACUUGUAUUCAGCCCGAUCCGCAGUAUAACAAGAGAGUUGUUUAAACAUGAGGAACAGGAGUGGAUUACCACCGCACCGGUUGUAGAAGAUGAAUGGGGUCCAUGCACGCAGACGCUCGAGGGGCAUAGCGGCUGGGUCAACUCGGUCGCGUUCUCGCCCGAUGCAAGGCCCGAUGCAAGGCUCGUCGCCUCAGGAUCAUAUGACGGGACUGUUAAGAUCUGGGAUGCGGUGACGGGCACAUGCACACAGACGCUUCAGGGGCAUAGCGGCGUGGUCAGGUCAGUCGCGUUCUCGCCCGAUGCAAGGCUCGUCGCCUCAGGAUCAAGCGACAAGACUGUUACGAUCUGGGAUGCGGCGACUGGGAGAUGCACGCAGACGCUCAAUACUAACAGAAUCCCCAAUGCCAUAUCAUUUACUCCAACCGGCUCACAUCUCCAGACGGAUUUUGGUACUAUCGAUCUAGCUAUGCCGCCGCCAUACACCCUCCACCUGGUACCGUCAAGAACUGCUUCGCCAACCCUCCAUCGUCAAGACUACGGUGUAAGCUCGGAUGGCAGGUGGGUCACGACGGGCUCGGAAAACUGGCUUUGGCUGCCUCCAGAAUAUCGACCGGAAUGCUCGGCCGUAGCGCCAUCAACAAUCGUUAUCGGCAGUUUAUCCGGACGAGUGUCAGUUAUAGCGUUUCGGACAAAACCGACGCAUCCGUUAGAACAUUGA